CAACUCUUAGUACUUUUAAUUGGACGAAAGUUCCUGCAGGUCAUUAUCACUGACGGCUGCGGUUUUCGCCGGUCCGCUCGAGGAUAAGGCAGUGACCUCUUUCUCUGCUCUACGGCCAAAACGCAUGACGCAACUGAUAAUGGCCAUGGCCUGGGAUAACACGACCCGGUUCGAGCGUGAUGACUUUGCUAUAAAAAGUGCCCGCAGGUCAUUCACAAAUCGUUAGUUCUCGUUGAACCGUGUCAGUGUCCAAGUGUCCGUGAAUUUUCCCUACUGCCCCAUCAUGAUACACAAAAAGAACCUUCUGCUGCUGUACGACCGUCCCCGGGAGCCCAUCUUCAUGGGCAAGGGCAAAGCUAUCUUUGACGUUCCGGACAACUACCUCACGGACCGUUACCGCCCGAUCGGUCCGGAGAUCCAGAACCGGUUCGGCGAUCAGGCCGAGGAGCGCAUCCCCGUUCGGAGCAUUGCCCUGCCAGAUCUGCGCAUCCCGAUGUCCUUGGGCCGGCAGGAGCAAUUUUCGCUGUUUAUUCCACGUCACCGGAAGAUUGCCGCCCGGCUGAUCGAUAUCUUCAUGGGUAUGCGCAACAUCGACGACCUGCAGAGCUGUGCCGUGUUUGCGCGGGACCGCAUCAAUCCGUACCUCUUCAACUAUGCCCUGUCGGUGGCACUGCUGCACCGUCGGGACACCAAAAAUCUGGACAUACCGUCGAUCGUGGAGGUCUUCCCGGACAAGUACAUCGACUCGAAGGUGUUUGAGCAGGUCCGUGAGGAGGCCACUGUUGUGCCUGAGGGCAUGCGAAUGCCGAUCGUCAUCCCGAAGGAUUUCACGGCGUCGGACCUGGAUGAGGAGCACCGGCUGUGGUACUUCCGGGAGGACAUUGGCGUGAAUUUGCACCACUGGCACUGGCAUCUGGUAUAUCCUUUCGAUGCCUCGAACCGAGCCAUUGUGGACAAGGACCGUCGUGGAGAGCUGUUUUACUACAUGCACUCGCAGCUGAUCGCUCGGUACAACUUCGAACGGCUGUGCAACCGACUUCAGCGCGUGAAGCGAUUGAACAACCUCCGUGAACCGAUCGCUGAAGGAUACUUCCCCAAGCUGGACUCGCUGGUCGCCAGCAGAACUUGGCCCGGUCGUGUGGACAAUGCCGUCAUCAAGGAUCUGAACCGUGAGCUGGACCAAAUCAAGCAAGACGUGGCCGACGUAGAGCGUUGGAUUGACCGUAUCUACGAGGCCGUCCACCAGGGCUUCGUCGUGGACGAGUCCGGCAAUCGGAUCUUCCUGGACGAGGAAAAGGGCAUCGACGUCUUGGGCAACAUCAUCGAAUCAUCGAUUCUAUCACCAAAUCGACAACUGUACGGAGACAUGCACAACGCAGGUCACGUGUUCUUGUCGUACACGCACGAUCCGGACCACCGCCACCUGGAGUCUUUCGGGGUGAUGGGUGACGUGGCCACGGCCAUGCGCGAUCCAGUGUUCUACCGGUGGCACGCGUACAUUGACGACAUCUUCCAGGAGCACAAGAUCAAGCUGGCACCGUACAGCAAGCAACAGCUGACGUUCGAAGGAAUUUCGGUGACGGGAAUUGCCGUCAAGUCGGAAGGUGCUCCGGAUAACGUGAUGCACACAUUCUGGCAGCAGUCGGAUGUGGACCUAUCCCGCGGCAUGGACUUUGUCCCGAGGGGAAACGUUUACGCCAGGUUCACUCACCUUCAGCACGCUCCAUUUAUUUUCACCAUUCAAAUCGACAACGACUCCGACGCCCAACGAAUGGGCUUCGUGCGCAUCUUUAUGGCGCCGAAGAACGACGAACGUGGCCAGCCGAUGCUGUUCCGCGACCAGCGACUGUUUAUGGUCGAAAUGGACAAGUUCUUGGUGGCACUGCGUCCCGGUUCGAACCGAAUCCGGCGCCGAUCGACCGAGUCCACCGUGACGAUUCCGUUCGAGCGGACGUUCCGCAACCUUGAAGUCGGCCGGCCAGAAGCGGGAACGCCCCAGGAGGAAGCUUUCAACUUCUGCGGCUGCGGAUGGCCCGCGCACAUGCUCGUUCCGAAGGGGCUCCCCGAGGGUUUCCCCACCGAGCUGUUCGUGAUGGUUUCCGACUACGAGGAGGACCGCGUCGUGCAGGAUCUGGUCGGAACGUGCAACGAUGCCGCCUCCUACUGUGGCGUGCGCGAUCGGCUCUAUCCGGACAAGAAGGCGAUGGGCUAUCCGUUUGACCGGUUGGCGCGCACCGGAGUGGACCGACUGGCGACGUUCUUGACACCGAACAUGGCCGUACAGGCGGUGAACGUCAUCCAUAUCGACAAAACGGUUCAGCGGACCUAGGAUUUUGGAGAUGUCCUAUUUCAAUUUUUUUUAACAAAUCUUUCGGAAAAUGAUUUUUUAUGGCUCAUUGUUAUCCUAUAUUCAAGCAAAUAUAUCAAAUUUAUAUUCAA